AUGUCUACCGACAACAAGACCAAACAGGCCGAACAGCUUGCAGCAACCUCGGAACCUCCAGCCGAGAUGUCUACUCGAGAUCGAUUAGCAGACCUGAUAGCCAAAGCAACUGCCAAAUAUGCCGUCAAGCACUACUCGGAAGCCGCUGAACUCUUCUCACAAGCUGCCGAACUUCAAACCGAACUUAACGGAGAAAUGGCACCAGAGAAUGCAGACCUACUCUAUUCCUACGGAAAGUGCUUAUAUUUCCUCGCGCAACAGACAAGCUCGGUACUAGGUGGCACCGCAGCGUCGGCUCAACUAUCAUCAGGCAAGGAAAAGAAGGCAGCGAAAAAGCGAAGUGCAAACGGGGCAACGCACAUUGAAUCAUCUACAAUUGGUCAAAGCUCCAAAACUGGUGUUUACCAACCUGCAGACACAUUGCCAAACGUCGGCGACGUGGUACCGGAGUUGGAUGUGAAGGCCGGUGAUAAUACAGAAGAACCAUCCGACAAACCAUACUUCCAAAUCUCUGGUGACGAUGCUGGCUGGGAUGAAUCAGAUGAUAGUGAUGCAGACAAGGAUCCAGGGGCCGAGGAGGAAGAGGAGGACGACGACGACUUUGCUACAGCCUACGAACUCCUUGACCUUGCGCGUGUUCUCUACUUGAAGAAAUUGGACCAGGCCGAGGAGUCGGCAUUGGAGGAGUCCGACAAGGGCAAAUACGUUGCCUCCAUCGAUCUGACACCUGAAGUCAAGGAACUCAAAGGCCGAGUCGCUGAUAUCUAUGACCUACAAGCUGAGGUUAGCCUGGAAGGGGAGAAAUACGCUGCCGCUGUUGUUGAUCUGAAAGCGUGUCUGGCACUGAGAGAGGAACUUGAACCGCCGGAGUCGAGUAUUCUGGCAGAAUGCCAUUACAAACUAAGCCUUGGACUCGAGUUCAGCUCUCAGUCACAACAACGUGACCAAGAUGGAAAUCCCGUUGGCGAGAUAUCUAUUGACUGGGACAUUCGAAAUGAAGCUGUGGCACAGCAAGAAAAAGCGAUCGAUUGCUGCAAGCUGCGAGUAUCGAAGGAAAUAAAAGCAUUGGAGACUCUAGAACCAGGCCCACAAAAGGACAAGGCGAUGGCUCAAGUUGAAGACGUACAAGAGAUGAUUGGUGAAAUGGACGUUCGAUUGGCUGAACUUCGGAAGCCACCAGUCAAUGUUAAGGCUGAGACGGAGGAACAAAUGUUCAAAGAGCAGAUCUCCGGUGUCUUGGGUAGUAUCCUUGGCAGUGGCGCAACGGAAGAGCAAAAGAAAGAGAAAUUGGCUCAAGUUUCAGAAAAGGCGAAUGACUUGAGCGGACUGGUGAAGCGAAAGAAGCCCAAGGCUACACAAGCCAGUGGUGGAGACAGCGGGUUUGGAUCUUCAGCAUCGACGCCGGCAGCAGCACCUGUUCUGGCAGAAGGUUCUAGCCGCACUGCGACGAAACCCAGCAAACGGAAGGUUAACUUUGUGGAUGAGGUCGAGGAUCUUGAGACAGGGAAAAAGGCCAAGGUAGAAGAUGCAGAGGACUCGGGAUUAUGA